AUGAAGUUAGAGAAAGUGGAUGUGAGCUGGACAAAGACCGAGGAUGAGAUUCUUAGGGCUGGGGUUAUGAAGUAUGGGAUAAACAAAUGGUCCAAGGUGUCUUCUUUGCUCCCCUCGAAAACCCCAUCACAAUGCAGGCUCCGAUGGCAAGAGUAUGCCAAUCCCUUGGCAAAUAACUCGGAAUGGAGCGCCGAGGAGGACGAGAAGCUUAUUCUGACAGCAAAGACAUUCCAUCCCCAGUGGAGUCUGAUUGGGCAGGCGUUGGGAAGGAAUGGACAGCAGUGCUAUGAAAGAUACAACGAGCUUGUCUUUGGAAAGAUCGAUGUCUUCAAAUAUGGAGAGCUUGAAAAUGCUUCUGAAGGAGGGGAUGAUGAGAUUCUGAAGAUGGCUAAUGCCAGGAUGUCUGGGUGCAAGAAUAGGAAGGAUCUAAAGAAGAAGAUUCUUUUGAAUAAGAAAGGGAAGGUGUCUUCUAGAAACAGCAGUGAAGAGGGACCUAACCACAAUUCCAGAUGA